ACCCCAGCCCGCCAUGGCGUCAGCCGCCGCAACCCGGGGGAGGAGGUUCCCACUUUAAGAAGUGAAGUUUUCCUCCCCCUCCCCUCCUGCCCACCUCCUGCCGCCUCCCGCGCCCCGCGGGGCUGCGGAUGGAGCUCCACCGAGGCGGCGUGGGGAGCCAGGCUGCGGGCCGGAGGAUGGAUGGGGACUGCCGCGAUGGCGGCUGCGGCAGCAAGGACGCCGGGUCGGAGGACUACGAGAACCUACCGACCAGCGCCUCGGUGUCCACCCACAUGACAGCGGGAGCGAUGGCCGGGAUUCUGGAGCACUCCGUCAUGUACCCGUUGGACUCCGUGAAGACACGAAUGCAGAGUUUGAAUCCAGAUCCCAAAGCCCAGUAUCCAAGCAUCUAUGGUGCCUUCAAGAAGAUCAUACAAACAGAAGGCUUCUGGAGGCCCCUGAGGGGCCUGAACGUGAUGAUGAUGGGCGCAGGGCCCGCUCAUGCCAUGUAUUUUGCCUGCUACGAAAACAUGAAAAGGACUUUAAAUGACGUUUUCAGCCAGCAAGGAAACAGCCACCUAGCUAAUGGGAUAGCUGGGAGUAUGGCCACCCUACUCCACGAUGCAGUAAUGAACCCAGCAGAAGUGGUGAAGCAACGCUUACAGAUGUACAACUCUCAGCACCAGUCAGCCCUCAGCUGUAUCCGGACGGUGUGGCGGACCGAGGGGUUGGGGGCCUUCUACAGGAGUUAUACCACACAGCUGACCAUGAACAUACCCUUCCAGUCCAUCCACUUCAUCACCUACGAGUUUCUGCAGGAGCAGGUCAACCCCCUCCGAAACUACAACCCACAGUCUCACAUCAUCUCAGGAGGCCUGGCCGGUGCGCUGGCUGCAGCUGCGACCACCCCGCUGGACGUCUGCAAGACCCUCCUCAACACGCAGGAGAACAUGGCGCUCUCCCUGGCCAACGUCAGUGGCCGGUUGUCGGGCAUGGCUAAUGCCUUCAGGAUGGUAUACCAGCUCAACGGCCUUGCCGGCUACUUCAAAGGUAUCUAUGCUCGGGUCAUCUACCAGAUGCCUUCGACCGCCAUCUCCUGGUCCGUCUAUGAGUUCUUCAAGUAUUUCCUUACGAAGCGGCAGCUGGAGAAUCGAACUCUGUACUAAAGGAACGGGCAGUGGGAAGUGGUUCCAGCAUCUUUUGUUCCUGCCUCAGCCCCUUGUCCUCACACCCAGGCCCUGUCCCACAGGGUGCUCGCGCCGGGCCCUUCAUCCCCCGGUGCCCUAGAAAGGGAAGACCAGCCUCCACGGCUCAGAAGGCUGUCUGUGGGGACAUCCCAGGUGGGGGUAGGUGGGAAAAACUUGGGAAGGAGAGCGAGAAGUUGCUUUUUCUCCUCCUCCCUUGAGAGGAAUGUAGCUUUCCUGCAUCACUGUGGCCUUCUCCUCCCGAGAUCUUUAGAUCUCACCGCCGAGGAGAACAGUGGCAAAGAAAGAGUUUACGUACAUAAAAGUACCAUUACCCAGUCUACAAUAGGUGGAUAAUGGUUAUCCUUUAUUUUUCUACAUAGAGAUUUUUGAAAUUGUGUGUGCUUGUGUGUGUCCAUACAUAGUGUUAGAGUUGGGAUGAUGUACCUGUUUGUUUUUUUUUUUUUUUUAAAUAAGAGGGUUGAAUCCUUCCACCAUGAGAAGUAAAACAAAACAAAACAGGAAAAAAAGGCACCAAAGUAAUAAAUGGCUUUAUGUGGCCUGAAAUUGUGUGUAGCACCCCUCCCAUAGGAGUUUAACUUGAAUGUAAGAUAAUAAAUACGAACUUUAUAUUUUGAAUUUCUCUUUUCAUGGGGAAAAAAGGUACGUUGAAAACAAAUCAAGUCAAAAUAAUGAUCACUUGGAGCUUUUUUUUUUUUUUCUUUAACAAAGAAUAACAAAAAAGUCACCCACGUGUGCCUUUCUGUCUUUCCUAAAACUUCCAGGACCAAAGCUAUGGCCCUGGAGCAUCUCCCUCCGUCUGUGGACCCACCCAUACGGCCCUAAGCACCCUGGUUGUCCACACUGUAGGGUAGUGGCCCUGGUAGAAUAAGAAUGGCUGGCCUUAACCUUCCCUGAGAGUGAUGUGAAUGUGUGCCCCCCACUUAUCAGCACUUACGCACUGGAUAGGCCAUCAUUUGCCUAGCAAAUCAGUGAGACAAUCCCGCCUUUGUCUUAGGACUGAUUUCUGUCGCGACCUCAUUCUCAGGCACUUCAGCUAACUUGGUCGGUAUGUGUCUUUAUUAGUCACCUCUUAACCCAUUUUCCCUGCAGUCUAGGGAUUUUUGAAAACCACAGUUAGAGUAUUUCUGGCGUUCAUCUGUCCCCUGCCCUGUUCAGCCCUGUGUCUUGACCGUCACAGCCUCUUACUGCACCGAGGCCAGCCCUCCAGCCCAGACUGCACUGUUGAAGCCUGCUAGGACCCUCUGUCUGCCUCUCGAAAGCUGCCCAGCAGCCUUGUCUCAUCCCGUGUCACUUGAGAACCUAUGUUCUCUCUGCUUUGUUUUCUGACAUGGAGUCAGAUCAUCUCUGAGAGAAAACACAAGCCUGUGUCUUCUAGUCGGCCGCUCUCGUGGAGAUGACAGGAUGGUCUCAGUUUCCCUCUUCCAGCUUGUCUGUGAAUGAGCAGGGAACACACUGGCGCUUUCAUUUUGUUGGCCCUGGUUUCCUUUGGGAGCCAUGGCUAGCGUGCUCCCUCUCACUAGGGAGGCAUGGACCUUAAGUUCCUGUGGAUGGGUACAGCUGCCUGGGAAAAAUCCAGCUUGUACAUGGAGAAUUUUCAUCUUGGGACCACGCAUCACCCAGUGCCCCUGGGCACAGGUUUUGUUUUUGCCCAGCAGCGGUGAGAAGUUACAUAAUGGUCAGCUGUCUUCUCUUUUCUUCAGAUCAGGAGGAGGAGAGAGCCAGCUCAAGUACUGGGAUGUGCUGCUGCUCCAUGAGGGCUGCGUGGCUGGCUACUGACCUGUCGCAGCACAGGUUUCUGUGCUUGCUGGUCUCCCAGGCUGGCUGGUGUCCUGUUAUCACUGAAAAUGUUUCUACUCUCACCCUGCGAGUGUUGAGUAGUGUUAAAUUCUGUAAAUGGAGGGGGAAAUCAAAUCAUAGAAUCUAAAGUAAAAUUUAAAUCAAGUCCAAAACAUUAUUCCUACCCCACCCUUUGGUUUAUUUGGUUGACCAAUACCGCUGUAAAAACAAUAUUCCCUGUUGGAUUUUCUUUACAGUUAUCUUCUGGAAUAGCCUCUUUGGUCAGGGCCGUGUAAGACGGAGAGGUAAGACCAGGACUUCAGGACUCUGUGGGCUUGAAGUCCAGGAGUCCAGUCCUAGCUGUGCCCUCCCUGUGAUGAUGGGUAGAUCUGCAGGGAGGCUGCUUUUUGAACCAGCCCAGGCCAGCCCAGCCAGUCACCAUAGGUUGAACAAGUGAUGUAUCUGAAAAAGUUGUGAGGCAUUGAACAGAAGUGUUUGUCACUCCAGUGGGGGCUCAUUUUCCCCCCUCUCACCCUUCGCUCCAAAGCUGGUAUUGUCCUCACCCCCAUGCACGUUAUAUAUAUAUAGCCUAUGUGUUGAUUGUGAUUGUUUUUGACACCGCCAAGUUCUAAAUAGGAAAAUGCUUCCCCUACCCCAGUGACCAGGUUAAUAGAGUCCUUGUCAUCUUUGCAGUGACAUCCACGGAUGGACCGUGCCACCUGGGUACACUGUUAAUACUUUAACUGUGUGUGUGCUCAGGCCACAUGACAGUCAACCACUUAAUAGAUGAGUGUUAAUUUAUUAUAGACCAAAACCUUGAUCUUUUUAAAAUGGAAUGUUUUUAGUUCAUGCCUAUUUUUAAAAAAUUGGAUUCAAUAGAGCUACUUUUAUGUGUGCUUAUACCCACCCCCGCCCCCCAAUGUCAUACAGCCAUCCUCCUCCAAACGCCAUCCCAAGGCUGUAUCCAUCUCCAACACACUGCUACACCAGCAAGGUUUUAUUUAACUUUAUUUAUGGGUAUUUGUGUCCGUGAACAACAGAUGUGCCGCUGCCAGUCGCACAGUGUGUGGGUUAAGAGUGGUCCAGUGUUAUUUUUCUGAAUGUGUUAAAAUGCCUGUGGUGGAGAUUAUUGUCCUUGCCUCGUGACGGCGGAGUACGAGGUGCUGAAGUGUGUUCCCAUGUGGGGUGUCUGCCGUGCUGCUACAGCUGUAACACUGGAGCUGGGAAAAAUAAAGCAUUGAUCCUGAA